UACCUGAGAGCCUGUUGCUACAAACGCUGAAAGGUUGUACCUGUAAAGUAUGGGCAUCCCGAGCGGUGUUGUACAACUCGGAGAGACGGUACCGGCCUGCGUGAUUGCACGACUUUACGCUGCUUCGUAACACACAGUAGCCGUAUUGUGGUGUUUUAGGUUGUGUUGUGCCUUGUAGGUGUAGUAUGAGCGGAGUGUGAGUGAACGUGCCUGCAGCUGGCGGGUUGUCAGGACAUGGAUGCCACAAGGGACAAGAUACCGAAGCAGGCGGAGGAUGAGCCGGGACGAGGAUGGGACAGUCAGUCUACAGACACCCGCUCAUCAUCCUACACCGACUGCAGCAGCUGCUGCUCCAGUGAUCUCGAGCCUGAAUGGUUGGACAGUGUACAGAAGAAUGGGGAGCUCUUCUACCUUGAACUGAGCGAAGGAGAAGAAGAGACCCUUCUACCUCCCAAUCCUCUAGAGUCUCCUACGGGUAACCAUGUCAGGUUUUGUGAAAAUGAAGCAGAGGUUAUCGCAGAGGAUAUGCUUAAAGAUAAAAAGAAAGCUGAGCCACGUUUCAAAACACUCGCAAAAAUGCUAAAGAAGAAGGACAGCGGCAAAAAAGCUACAGCGAGAUGUAAUGGUCAAACAGGACCAACCUCUAUCCUCAAGCAUCAUUCCAAUCAUAAGACAGGGUUGAUGGUGCAUCAUCAGUACAAGGAUACCUGGCUGUAUGUGAAUCCAAACCAUAUAUUUGAAAAGGGACCAGAGGAGGAACUCUGUCUGCUGGAGGGGCUUAUUGGCAUUAUUCACCAGCCACCACGGAACAGUAACAGAGUAGACAAGCAAGGCAACCAAGAUGCAACCCAGAGAAGGCCUAUACAUGAAAAAAUUGUUGUUCAUGGCUUUGUCCAAGGUAGCCCUGCAAUGAGGAAUGGUCGGAUCCUAAUUGGUGAUGCCUUAGUCGCUGUUAAUGAUGUGGAAGUUCACACUGAAAAUAUUGAGAGAGUUUUAUCUUGCAUCCCUGGCCCAAUGCAGGUGAAGCUGACAUUUGAAACCCCUGCUUUUGAUGCACAAGCCCUCCAACAACAAACUUGCACAGCAGCCCCUAUGAGUAAUUUGACAAAGCUCAUCUGGGGAGAAGAGUACGUAAACCACCAGCACGUCUUACAAGGGAUGCCUCAUAUCGUCAUGUACCUCACGUUGCAUUUAGACUCUGAUUCAUCCAAAGAAGAGCAAGAAAUUCUCUACCAGUAUCCCGUGUCAGAAGCCUCACAGAAACUUAAAAGCGUUCGUGGAUUAUUCCUUACCCUAAGUGAUAUGCUGCAGAAUGUGACAGCUGCACGUAUCGUGAGCUCCUCCCUUAUAUUGGAUGGUCAGCUGGUUCACGUAUCGUACUGGAAAGAGUCCGAUAAGUUAUUGGUUGUUGGCGUUCCCGCAGAGAGAAUCCCUCUCUUAUACUUGAAGAACAUGACCGUUGAUAUUGUUAGAACUUUAAAGAUUAUGUUUAGCACGUUGGACAGGGCCUUCUGUCAAACUGAAAACACACCUCGCCUCGAUCAUUUCUUCAGCCUGUUCUUUCAGCGGGUGGCCAGGCUGUCUACGUUAAGCUCAAACGCAGACCAUGGGGCUCGGUUCUAUGAGGCCUGCAGUUCACUAACUGUCGACAGCGUUCCAGGAGUAAGGUGGCUGUCGUUACCCGAGGACGUUAAGGUGGAGAUUGAUACGGUGCUGAGUGAUUUGGAAGCCCUCGAUUUUGCAGAGUUGUCCGAAGACUACUAUGAGAUGAGACGGCUUUAUAUGAUCUUGGGGACGUGUUUGUUCUAUAAGGGUUACCUUUUGUCUAACCAUUUACCAAAAGAUGACCUCAUUGACAUUGUCCUGUAUUGCCGGCAUUACUGUCUCCUGCCGUUAUCGUCCGAGAGAAUUGGCCAAGUGGUUGUAUGGAGAGAAGUGUAUCCGAACCAUCACUUGGGCAGAUGUGGCUCUCCUAUGGCUGAGGAGUACAGUGAGCCUGAGGCUAGGUACUUCCUCCUCAUCGUGGGCUUGAAACACUUCAUGUUGUGUACCCUGCUAGAAGCUGGUGGUUGCACAUCGAAAGCCAUUGGGAAUCCAAGCCCUGACUACAUAUAUGUGGACCAAGUAAAAGCAACUCUUCUUCAACUAGAAACAUUAGAUGUUGGCAUAGAAGAGAGGCUGAAUGCUGCCCCCACUCCGUGCCUGUCAUGCGCUGACUGGUUUCUUCCCUCAUCACGGGACAGGUUUAACAGUUUCUCUAAUUCUGUUGUGCCUCCAAAAAAGGCAACCUCGCCAGGUAGUAAAAAGGGCUUAUUUGCAGAAACUGCCUCCUCUCUAAGGAUGCGUAGACAGAGCCCUACCAGGAGUAGUGGAGGUUCUGACAAUGGCAAUGAAGGCACGAGGGACUGUGCAGGAAUUGGGGGCCAAUCUACACCAGAUAUGACCAGAAAAUUUGGAAGGCGGGAGUCCCAAGGUUCAGGCGGCUCAGAUGGAAGUGGAGGAAGUGGCUCUUUGUUCAAGAUUAACAAGAAGAAAUCUUCCCUUCCCAACCCAUUCAAUUUGGGAAGCCUGAGAAAGAACCUUUCAGAGAGAGAAACAGAAGAUCUUUAUGACACUGUAAAGUUAACCUCUGGCCCUGAAAAUACCCUUUUUCAUUACCUGUACCUGGAGAGUUUGUAUGGAAUCUUCAUCUCCCCUACUCACAGAGACGUGGAACAGCUUGGCGGCUCGAUUCAUCCGCAGGUGAUCAAGAACUUUCAUCGUUGCUGUCUGUCAAUUCGCUCAGUAUUUCAAGAAAUUCUAAAUGAAGAGAAAUCUAACAUUUCUGAUUCCAAAACCUGCGCUGACUUUGUGGGGCUUGGUCCAGUUAAGGAGCAUGGGGUCUUAUUUGAAUGCUGUCCUGAAAACUGGACAGACCAGAGGAAAUCAGCACCAACAAUGUCUUAUUGGGUGAUAGGGAGACUUUUCUUGCACCCCCAGCCUCAGGAGCUCUAUGUCUGCUUCCAUGACUCUGUUACCGAGAUUGCAGUUGAACUGGCCUUUAAGUUGUCCUUUGGGCUGCCUCUCUAGCAUGUUCAGCCUGCUGGUCUUCAAAGACACCUCAUCCUCUCUCCAGAGAUCCAACAGAAUGCACAGACUUUGCACUGUUAUACCUGCACUUAUCAUAAAUGUAUUUUGUUUUUAUUAUUUUUCUCCUUUCAGUUUGCCUUUUUUUCUACUGCAACAUUUUGCU